CAAGUGUUUGCUGUGUGGCUCCUCAGAUCCGGCAUGCUGGGACCCGCACUGCAGGGUGUGACCGGGUGGUGACAAACGUCUCUCCGUGAAACUUUCACUUCCUGCAGAAUCUGACGGGACCUCGUCGGCUUCUGGAAAUGGCUCUGACCGGCAAAAGCGCGGUGGUGACCGGGGCGGCGAUGGGCAUCGGUAAAGCGCUCAGCGAGCUUCUCCUGGAGAACGGCGCCAAGGUCGCCCUCCUGGAUGUGAAUGAUUCUGCUGGACAGAGUUUAAUGGAGUCCCUGAAUCAGCAGCACGGAGCAGGAAGUGCCUUAUUCCUGAAAUGUGAUGUGGAAUCAGAGGAGCAGCUCAAAGCUGCCUUUCAGAAAACAGUAGAAACUUUCGGAGGAAUCGACAUCUUGUGCAACAAUGCCGGUAUUAUGAAUGAGGGCACGUGGGAAAAAACUGUGUCCAUCAACCUGAUGGGCGUCAUUAGAGCAACUUACAUCGCUCUGGAGUACAUGAACAAGUUAAACGGCGGUAAAGGAGGAGUUAUCGUCAUGACAGCUUCCAUGGCAGGUCUGGGUCCGUUCAUCACCUGUCCCGUCUACACGGCCACAAAGAGCGGAGUGGUGGGCUUCACACGAGCGAUGGCGGGUGCCUCUGAGGUGUCGGGGUACGGCAUUCGCUUCAACGCUCUUUGUCCAGCUUUUGUCCAAACUGACCUGAUAGCCAACGCUUCUGCAAACCUGGGGCCGUUCUCUCACCUGGCUGAAGUGGCCGGGCAGAUCAAAGAAAAACUGGGAGUCAUAAGCGUGUCCGAGGUGGCCGAGGGUCUCAUGGAGCUGGUGACGGAUGAGACGAAGAAUGGGGAGGCGCUCAUGAUUCUCACCAAAGGAAAGACUUACAUGCAGUUUCCAUCACUCUCUAAGUAGUCUGUCAUGCUGGAGACAUGUAUGUGAUGCUGCUGCUCCGUCAAAUAUCCAAGAUGCAAAGUUUCGUUUAUCUGUCAUUUAAUGAUCUACACACUUAAAGGACACAAAUAAAAAGUAAUUAAUGAAAGAU